AUGACCCGAGUGCGGCGGAUCUUUGAAAGGGAGAGUGUGGGUCUUUUUGUGUGGUGGAGCUCGAGUGGGACGAUUGGAGGCGGACAAGACGACAAAAAGGGGACAGCUGGUGCCUGCGAGGUGUGGCAAGUGUCGAUGGCACUAGGCAAAAGAGUGACCUUGAACUCGAGACUGUUCUAG